GCGUUGCAUUAUAAAAUGAAAGCCAGAUAUUUAGCAUUCUUCUCAUACAUUGGGACACCAUUUCGGUCCUCAGAAAAGAUAUGGUUGAAGGACAACAGCAAGCACAUCGACCCGCAGAGCAUACAGGGGGUGAUGGAGUUGGCUCUCUGUAAAUUCAAGGCUUUGAAUUACCCUCAAGUUACAUUGUCCAGCCGCACAGAUGGUGGUGUACACGCGCUUAACUCCAGUGCCCACUUUGACCUUGAUCGCUACGGCACCAAGUUGUUUGAACCCCACGACAUUGUGUUUGGCUUGAAUAAGUUUUUCUACACUAAUGAUAUCAGUAUAAAUGUGAGACGGUGUUAUAGAGUAGCUGAUAACUUCAGUGCGAGGUACAAUGCUAUUAGAAGAACUUACUUGUACAGGCUUGCAGUGUUGAAAAAAGGUAUAGAGUUGCCAGAAUAUUAUGGCAUAGGCUCUGAAAUACCCAUAGAAGAAUGGAAGAGGUGCCAUUUUAUAAGACUCUUUGAUUUCGACAUAGAACGCUUGAAAGAAGGUGCGAAAUACCUCGUAGGCUACCACGAUUUCACAACAUUCAAGAAGUUUGAUAAGCUGAAACAAUACAAACAUAACAGACGCGAAAUAUACGAUAUCAUUGUUCGACCGGGAAGGCCGCUGUUGACAAGCUUUGUCGACGACAGAGAUUCAUUCUUUGACUAUUGGGACAUUGAAAUUAGAGGCAGAGCUUUUGUGCAUAAUCAGAUACGGCGUAUGAUGGGCACACUCAUAAGCGUCGCUGUCGGCAAACUACCUCCAGAAGAAAUAAAAGUUAUGCUACAAGUGCCUUCAAAGCAUUCUUGGCACAAUUCCAUCCAGUGCUCACCACCACACGGACUAUAUCUUUGCAACGUUGAGUACAACCCGGACGACCUAAUCUAUGCCCCUGAAAGACAGAGCACGCACGAUACCAGCUUAGAUGAGCAAGAAAGUGAUAGUGAAUAAUAAGCAGUUUCGACGAAAAUUGGUGACGAUGAGUUUUCUAAGUGAACUAAAAAGACAAAAGAAUAAACUGAAAGAGACAGAAACUGUAGUGACCAAUGUAGAUGGUAAACGGUUUAUAGAAAAGGGGGAUGAGAGACAAAACAUUGC